AUGCGGUCAGACAAACGCGCCGACGUACUUCACUUCGUGCCAUCAAGGAAAACCCCAAAGGGGUCGGUCAGUCAACUGUUUACGUCUCAACCGUCACGGGUGACGCGGUGCCAGCGCCAACACCGCCAGCUGCGCGCGCUUCAACAAUUGCCUCGGCAUCAACAGGAGAACAUUGACAAUUUAAGCUUCUUCCGCCCCUUCCCUUCGGGACCGUGUGGAAGUGGAAGCCACGCACAUUGGGCUUGGCUCGGUGCUUACCAACUCACCAAGCAAGCCGUGGUGUGGAAAUUACUCUGA